UCGGAUCCAUUGCUUCUACCACAGCUUUUUGCUGAAAGUCUUGUCUCCUCUCUGCCUACCGUGCAAGACGGUGGUGGUGUUCGAUCGCCAUGGUGAUGUCUGACGAUGCAAUCGAGUUGGUGUUGCAGAAGUGGGCAUGGGCCAAAGGAGAAGAAGCAGCCAUGAAGAAGACGAUCGAGAUGUGCAAGACUCAAGUUGAGAAAGCGCUGAAGGAAAGGGGCAGCAUGGAAAUCAUUACCGACAACUACGAGGUGAAAAAGAGCAUGAGAAAGACCGAACAUGUGUCCAAGAAAGACCUUCCAGCUGCAAUCUGGAGCAAGUAUGCAAAGACCUCCGAGUUCAGCGUUUUGGCUUUCAAGUCUAAGAAGGCCAUGAAAAGCGCAGCCAAAGCCCCAAAGGCCAAGGCAAAGGCCAAGGCGAAGUCCAGCGCAAAAACCAUGAAGAGCAACAAGUGAAUCGAAGUGACUCAAGCCCUUGCUCUGCGGGCCUUUAGCUAGCAGUGUCUCAGUAUGUCUCAGAUUCUCACUUUCGAGUCAGUCGCUUAAUUUGCAUAGCGACAGUGAUACAUGGAGGCAUCGAAGUCAUCGAAUCUAUUUCUUUGUAGGUGUUUUGAUAGUUUCGGAUGAGAUGCACAGCUGACUGGGGACAUGCAGCGUGCGCCUCUUGACGCCAAAA